AUGUCCACAGCGGCUUCUUUACGGCUCCCUGCCAUUCAACACCCUUCAUCAAGACUUGGAGACCCAGAGCUCAUCUCUCUACGGGGUUAUUCCACAGACUGCAACAGAGAUCAGAGAUACUGGAUCCCACAUAGAGGAAUCAGACUUCAGUCUCCAGGGACUGAGAGUCUGGACUCUACCUUUCGCAGUCAGAGCAGCAGAAGUGAUGCCAGCUCUUUGAUGGAGAGAGGAAAAGGAGGAGGAUUGGAUAUUCCGGAGCAAAUUCCCGAGGGAGAAGAAGUCCACGACACGGAUAAACCCAGACUACCUGUAUUCCGUCACAGGGUGGCAUCAGAUAAUCUCUCCAUAAGCAGAGAUUCUCAUACAACUUACACCAGCAAUGAGCCAUGGAUGACAGAUCGUACUGGUCAGUUGGAUGAUGAUCUUAAGGAGCGUAUUCAAACCACAGGAGCUUUGACUCUCAAAAUCCUGUUCAAGAACAACCACCCUGAUGGCAAACCUCUGGUCAACAGGUCUGUGUUACUUGAGAUCCUCACUAAGUUCUUGAGGCGGCCUGUCACAGCUAAACAGCUGAAAGACCUGCUAUUUCGUCUGCACCUCUCUGACCGAGUGCUUAUCAGUUUUGUGGACUUUUAUGGUGCCCUGAAAGACCCAGACUCCUAUAAAAGUAACCCAGCAGGUCCUCUUACAAUUCUUCAGACACUGGCCCUGCUGAAAGGGCCUGCACGAAGCAGGUUUCUGGAGAGUGUGGAGGUUUUGUGUAAAGCAGAUAAUCUGAGUGAAAGCUGGAUUUCUGCCCCAGAGUUCAGAAAUAUACUCAACAAACUUAAACUUUACCUGAAAGAUCCGGAGUUUGAAAAAUUAUGGAAAAGAUUAGAUGUGGAUGGACUCGGAGCAGUUAAACAGACUAUUUUACUUAAAAAAUUGGGAUUGAGCAGAAUGAUCGAACCAAACAAUGAGAGAAACUACCCCGUCUCCUGUGCAGCUAAAGCUGAAGACAUUAAAGCUCCUGGUAGGGCACUCUCUAAGGCAGAGGAUGAUCGUCACACAUCUAUCGCCAUAGAGAUGUGGUUGAAAGACAAGUUCAGGGAAGGAGCUCAGAGGAUGAAAGCAGAGUUUGAUAAACUGGAUCCUGAGAACAGUGGAAAGGUGAGUGGUGAAAACUUUCUACAAGUGCUGAAGAAGUUUGACCUUCAUCUGAAGAAAGAACAUCUGGGUCUGUUCCUUGCUCGGUGUGGUCUGAGGCUUAAAAAGGGUGCUGUGCAGUACUUGAACUUCCUGCGCAGAUUCCAGGACAGAAGUUCAGAUGGUAUCACACACAAGAUCAUCUCCAACCCACAGCAUCGGUUUCAUUCUGAUGAGAAUAUCAGUUGUGCGUCCUCUCCAAGUGCCAUAGAGGCCAAAUUAACUCGCCUGUUUCAGUCUGAAUACAUCUCCCUCCUUCAAACCUUUCAGAACAUUGAUAAACUGGAUAAAGGAACUAUUAGUCAGGAGGAAUUCAGAUCAGCCAUGGAGAGCAGGUUUGGCCUGGAGAUUUCCGACCCUCAGUUUGAGCAGCUGUUGGACAGGCUUCCUCUUGACCAUCACGGAAAUGUGCAGUACCCCAUCUUCAUGGCAGCCUUUGAUACCAGGAAAGGAGUUCCCAGUCUCUUCCAGGCAGCUGCCCAGACUGCCUUGAAUACUGAUUCAAGCCAGGAGAAGAGCUCAUUGGAACCGAAUCGAAGUGACCAUGAGCUGUUUAGGCUGGUGAAGAGUGUGGUGGCCAAUCGUUACAGAGAUGUACUGAGACAGUUUGAAGAGCUGGAUGAGAAAAACACGAGACGUCUCACUCAAGAGGACAUGUACCAGUUACUUAAAAGGUUAGAGCUCCAUCCUGAGGUAACUCGUGGAGAAGUUCGGAGGUUGUGGUCUUCUUUGUUCACCCAGCAGGAUGGAACUGUGGACUUUCAACAGUUUAUACGUCAUUUUGGCCCUUCGCCCAAAUCCUACUGUUAUCCUAAUGCCAAGCGCAAUCCCCCCAAACAUGGAGAUAAUGACCUCAUGCGCCUAUCCAAAAGACUCAACUGUGUGUCAGAUAUACUAGUGGAUUCUCUACGAGCCAAGGUGGAGUUGUCUGUUUCUGAUCUCUGGACUGAGUUCUCUGAAAUUGAUUUUUCUGGAACUGGCUUUGUUAGCAGUGAUGAAUUUAAAGAUAUUCUAAUGAGUCUCUGUGUUAAUCUCAGUCAGUAUGAGUGUGAUCUACUGGCUAGGAAGUUUGACAUCAACCAAGACGGCAGAGUAUCCUACAAAGAAUUCCUCAGGCCUUUCCUAUCCCAGAGUCAAACAUGGAAGCAUGGAUCCAAUAUGGCAGCUGCCCUUCAGUCACCCAGAGAAACAAAAGAAAUAGCCACUCUUGACACAUUAAGUCGCAGGAUCAGGAAGAGGCUCCAGCAUAAGGUCAGGGCUCUGCGAAGGGCCUGUGCCCGACUUGACGACUCCAGCACUGGGAUUCUGUCUGCAGCCAAGCUGGGUGCUGUGCUACAGCUGUGUGGAGUGUGUGAGAGCCAGGAAGAACUGAGGAGUGUGUUCUCUAUCCUUCAAACACACCCCUCUGGACACUUGGACUACCGCCCACUCCUAAUGGACAAACACAGGACAUCCAGUCACAACCAGCAAACCAAACACCAGCUCAGCCAGAGGAGUCAAUAGGUCAGAGUUUUAAGACAGAUGAUGGCUACAUUGGCAUACAACACGUUCUCACUCCCAAGUCGUCAAAGACUGAUGCUUGUUCAAGAGCCCAGCAUCAAUCUGCAGACACCAAAAGCGCCCUCUGGAGUCAGUUUUACGACACAUCCGGCAAGUGCGUUCUUUUCAACGAGAAACCUUUGAUGUCAACUGACUGACGCGAUGGGCAUUAGAAUUUUAGCAUCUUUUAAUUAUACGUUGUGGUACAAUUUUGUCAUCGUGACAUAUGUUGGGGGUAUGAUUUUCAUUUAAUUUGAAAUCAGAAACAUUUAUUCACAGUGGUUAAUAUUUAAUCUGUUGUUUAUCUGUCUAUUUGAUCUGUCUGUAUGGUAUACAUCCUGCAGUGCUGAAGUGACCCGUUUCAUUCCGGGUGUAUUCCGAGUCUUACAAUCAUUUUAUGUGAAGAACAAAUCUAAAUGUAUGUUUUUAGUCAUCGAUCACGGUCACCCAACGUCCACCGUAACAAAUCCUGCACAAGUUUCGUUAUAACACAUUCAAAAUUUGCCACCACAAGUGUAAUGACAUGGGUUUGACGUCAGAGACUCAGCGAUUAUAACAUUGGCUCUCACAUGUCUUGUGACCCAUUGUGACGAGCUCAAGUUUUUACCAUUAGCUCUCGCGUGUCUUGUGGCCGGUUGUGAUGACCCCAAGUUCGGUUGUAUUUUUUGAACGAGAUGUGCCGGUAGAAUCAGUAUAACAGUUCCUUCACGGAGGGGGAAUAGUUUCACCGAUUUAAACCUUCAGUUUCACUCUGCUAUGCACACAAUGCCAUUGUGUGGUUUGGAAUAUUAUUAUAGUGCAUUUUUAGAAUUAAAUGAUCGUGACUGUACUUCAAAUUAUGUAUAUCAAAGUGUCUUUCUCAUGUUUUAUAUUGUUGAUUAUUGGUUAGGAUUACAAAUGUUAGGGUAUCUAAAAUAUUAUAUAUGAUUGUAUAAUGUAAUAUCACACUAAUAUAUUUAUAAGUAUUAUAAAACAUUGAGGUUAAGCACACAAAAUAAUAUUCAAAGAUUGAUAAAUGAAGACAAAGUUUUCUCAUUGAAAACAAUGAGAGGACGCCAUUGUUUUUUAUUUAUUAUAAAAAAAAUAAAUAAACCGUGUUUCUAAAUAUAAAAUGCUACAUCAUUUUAAAACAAUAUAUCAGACUAAGCGUGAAUACAUUAUUUUAAAAUCA